GAACAGGUAGGGCACUAGGACCCCGAGGGGUCUGAGACAGGACUCCAUUCCAUUAAAAAACACUGUGCGCCUUGGAGCCAGGCAGAGAACAUCUCCCACACUGAGCACAGCACAGCACAGCACAGCACAGCACAGCCGGACUCAGGGACACAGAGACACACAGACAACCCCGGACAGCCUCUCUCCAGUGACCGAAAACACCAGGUCCAAGGGCUUGGGUCUGAACCUCCAUCAUAGAAAUGGGAAUUAGUUGGAGAGACAAAGUGACUUCCAUUGGAAGAGAACAAAUGUGAUUUGAUUUAAAGUAGACAGACUGGCAGAUUGACCAGGUGCGUCCCUGAAAUGUUUCAACAAGCAAAAGCCAACUUUCCCUCCUCCUCUACCUUCCUCCUCCUCCUCCUCUCCCUCCACCCCUCCCUCCCUACUGGGGCUCCCGGUCACCCCCACAUCCCCUCCGUGGUGCCCCACGCCACCCUGUUCCUGUCCAGCCCUCGCUUCAGCGCCCGGCCCCAGCUGGACUUCACCACGUACUGCAACUCCAGCUGCUACCAGCAGGGGGAGUUGCCGGCCAGCCGGGAGUCCCUGAGCGAAAGGCUGGCCUACGAGACUUUGUACGCUGAUGGCAGGCGCACCCUGACCACCGUGGACCUGGAGGAGGAGGGGGAGGACACCGCAGCUCAGCCUCCACCCACCAGGGGGAGCCCCGUCCCAGCUCCUCACCGGAGGCGCAAGCGUCAGAUCUACGGGGCGGACGGCCGUUUCAACAUCAGGGGAAACAACUUCUUGCUUGACUACCCGUUCUCCACAGCCGUGCGCAUCUCCACGGGCUGCACCGGGGUCCUGGUGUCGGAGAGCCAUGUCCUCACGGCCGCCCACUGCGUGCAUGAUGGGAAGGAUUACGUCAAGGGCGCCCGCAAGCUGAGAGUGGGCUUCCUGGUGCCCCCCAGCAACGCCACCCGGACCGGGCACCCCUCCUCCUCUGCCAGGUCUGUGAAGACGGCGGCCGUGCGGUGGGUCAGGGUGAAGCGAACCCGGGUCCCCAAAGGCUGGAUCCAGGGCCCCCAAGAGAUCAGCAUGGACUUCGACUACUCCCUGCUGGAGCUGCGCUGGCCCCACAAGCAGCCCUACAUGCGGCUCUCGGUAGCCCCGUCAGCAAAGGACCUGGCUGGGAAGAGGAUCCACUUCUCUGGGUUCGACAGUGACCGCCCCGGGGAGCUGGUGUAUCGGUUCUGCCCGGUGGAGGACGAGUCCAAUGAUCUGAUCUACCAGCACUGCGACGCCCGGCCGGGGGCCAGCGGCUCGGGGGUGUACGGCCGUGUGUGGGACCCCGUCGCAGAGCGCUGGGAGAGGAAGGUCAUCGGAGUCUUCUCCGGACACCAGUGGCUGGAGGUCAACGGGGAGAACCACGACUUCAACGUGGCUGUGCGUCUCACGCCGCUCAAGUUUGCACAGAUCUGCUACUGGGUUCGAGGGAACCACGUGGACUGCCAGCAGGACUGAGAACCAAACCCAAACUCUGUCUGUGCACUAAACAGCACAAACAUCAAACGUAUCAAACUUAAAGAAGCACGACUCGAGGAGAGCAGACUCCCAAAGGCCUGGGUUUGUUUUUCUUUGUUAGGCGGUCUUUUGUUUUAUUUUAUUUUUUAAACUUUAAAGCACUUUUUUUUCUUUCUUGAUUUAAUUCAAGUAUGAGCAAAACUGUGAUCCCAGUCUUGGAUCUAACAGUUAUGCAGCUCAACAAUCAUGCUUUUGUGCACUAUAACGGGUCAUCAAUAACUAUUAAACACUCAAUAGUGCUAAGUUAAAAAAAAAAACACUACAAGAAGUUCAGUGAUAAACGUCUCAAUUAAGCCUGACACUCAUACUAACUAGAAGUCCACCCCUCUAAGCUCUCCAGCUGUGCUCGACAGGGUCACAAUGCCUCAGCUGUAUCCACUGAGCCUCUCGGCCUGCCCGUGUCAGUGGGUGAUUGGCACAGUAUAACACAGCCCUUCUUUGCACGUGUCUCAUAGAUUAAGAAGGAAAGAUUGUUGGAUGCAUUGAUUCUCUUAAAAACCGUCUCCCGUGGAAUGUUUCUUGCAAUGUAUUUUUGGAAAAAAUGGCUUUAUCUAUUUUAAUAAACUAAAUUUUAAACUGUU